AUGUUUGGAGCCAUUUACCAUGAGAAAGUGUCGUUCGAUGAUGGACAUCGGAAGGCAUGCUGGAAUUUCACGUGGACCAUUUUAAUGCCAAGGUCCAAAGGUUUCUUCAAAGAAGUUUGGUUUGCCUAUUCCAGACCCGUUCCUGCCGACAGAAAGCAACUCCUAAUGUUAAUCGUAGCAUGUGCCUUAUUUUCUGUAUUUGGUGGGAUCUUCCUACACCAAUGGCUUUGUAACCGCUUGCAUUAUAACCCCCAAAGCAUGACCAUAUUGUCUACAAUUGUCGUCCUCUUGACAGUUUGUGUUCUUGUCUUAGUGCACCCGAUUCGGUGCGUGUUAACCAUCGUCCUUCCUAUGGUCGGUAGCAAGCAAUGUCGAAAUCUCCUCUGGUCAACGUGCUUUAUGGUCAUAAUGUUCAACAUCCUUCCCAACAUCGCUACGAAUAUCCAAGCCGUUUUUCAAACCAUCAAGUGCGUUUCCCAACAUUCUUUGGAAAGUGUUUUAAAUUCGACGCAUCACUUCCGAGUCAUCGUCGAAAACACCACCGGCAUACUAACAAAAGUCACCGAUGAGAUGGCAAAGAUGACUUUGACGCCCAUCACUAGACGAUUGUCCAUCUCUGCGAACGUGGAAACGUCCUUAAUCGAAAGCCAAAUAUUAAAAACUUCCAAAAACAUAAAGGAGGAUUUCGCAAUAGUCCAAUUUCAAUUCAAGGACACGGCUUUAACAUGCAACAGGAUUCUGGAAGGGUGUUUUAUCUUCUAUGUCUUAUUUAAUGCUUCGUUGUAUUUGAAAAGGUACUUAACCGACCUUGAGUUUGACAACUCGUACAUCACAAAACAGCUGGAAGAAUUAGCCGUGGAAAAAAAGGUUUCCCAUUUGUUAAUGACGUCUUCUAAAAGACUAAUAAAAUCCACAGGACUCAAGCUAUCCAAGGAAGAACUUUGUACGUGUCUGGUCCAUGUCUUGACAAUGUCCUUGUUCAUCCUGAUGACGGUUCCUAUUGUUGUAGCGGAUCACGUUGUGUUUCACUUUGGAAUGGUGGUUGUGGAGUGGGUCGAUAACUUGCCGCCCAUUCAUAUUACGCUUCAAAUGAAGUAUGAAGUUAACCUGAAGACAUUUUUAGUGAGGGCCAAUAUUCCGUACGAAAACAACUACCCGUGGAAGAUGACUUUUGUUUCGAGCAACUGUAGAUCACUUCCGAACCCACCCAACGUCACUAUUCUAGUCACCUUUGGGUUUAUCUUCUGUCUCAUGUUCAUCAUGAUACUUCUGGAAGCGUACGCUCAUCGGCUGUGCAGGAAAAUUUCGGCAUCGUUUUACGAGAAAAGAGAGGAGGAAAGAGUUUCACAUCUCCUUGAAAAAAUAAUGCACAAGACAGAUGAUGAUGUUCUCUGA